UCGCUUAGAUUUUGUGUCAUGAUUGUAGCAGGAGGAGUGUAUAUGCGAAUGUGUAAAUAAUUGUCUAUGUAUGUAUGUGUGUGUGUAAGUGAGUGUGUUUAAAUGUUCAUAUAGAGAGAGAGUGAGACAGGCAGAUAUAUAUAUAUUUUUUUAUAUAAAUAUAAAUUACUAAACAAUUUUUCUGUUGCAUAUAUGUUUAACUGGGAACCACAACGUUCGAGCUAAUGAUAUUUUAUUAAGUCUGAAUACCAUCAAAGAAUUAUAUAAUUAUUUUAAUUAACAGUAAACCGAAGCAGAAGUAAUUAAACGGAUCGCCAACAAGAUGGUACCUCGCCUGUUCCUGAUGUUCGUUGUUGUUUUCCAUUUGGGUAUAACAGCCUAUGGAAACCAAAAUCCGAAAGCAACCCUGAAAUCCAUUCAUGUAAUCAGCGAUAUUAAAUAUCGAUAUGCUACCACUCUAGUUUCCAUGAAGUAUUAUAACACAUACAAUUCUGCUGUCACUGCAGACUUACAUGUAAACAUGCCUCGCCAUUCAUUUAUAUCAAAUUUCUCCAUGGAAAUUGAUGGAAAUGUGACUGUGGGAGAAGUAAAAAAGAAAUCGGAAGCAAAACGUAUUUUCGACUAUGCCAUUGAAACUGGGCAAAGUGCUGGCCAUGUUGCUGUGGAACACCGCUUCACAAAUGUUUUUGAUAUAUCUGUUAAUGUUGAACCACAAAAGUAUGUAGUUUACAACUUGACUUAUCAAGAACUUCUGACACGAGAGAACAAUAAAUACAGGCACGUCAUCCAUUUGUCCAAUGGUGGAAUUGUUGAUGACUUUUUAGUUGAGGUUUUCAUUAGGGAACCGCAAGACAUUAUUAAUGUGUCUGUACCAGAAAUUAAAGAUGAUAAAGCAACAGAUUUUUACGAAACCAAAGAGCUGGAAUAUGCUUCAGUUGACUACAUCAACAGUAAAGAAGUUUACAUCAAAUACAACCCAAAUCGUGAACAACAAGAAGAAAUUUCAAAGGAAAAUGGUAUUGUCGGCUUGUUCAAAGUGGCAUAUGACGUGGAUCGUGCAAAUAAUUCAAAUUUUAUAUAUGCAGUUGAUGGCUACUUUGUACAUUUCUUCACUGCUGAUUUCUUAAAACCUCUUCCAAAGCACAUAAUAUUUAUACUUGAUGUCAGUGGAUCAAUGUCUGGUACUAAAAUUCAACAACUGAAAGAAGCUAUGGAAAAUAUCCUCGAUCAACUUGACCCAAAACUUGAUAAAUUUCUCAUCGGAAAAUUCAGCGGUGAUGUCAAUUGGAUGGAGAUUAAUUUUUUACUCGCAAAAGAAGAAAAUAUAAAACGAGCAAAAACUCAUAUUAGGAAUAUUAGCGCCUCGGGAGGUACAAAUAUAAACGCUGCUCUCCUUGAAAGUAUAGACAAACAUAAAUCCGCUGCUGAAAGAGUUUUACCCACCAAAACUAAAAAUAUCAUCAUAUUUCUCACUGAUGGUCAUCCAACAGAAGAGGAAAGCUCUACAGAAAAUAUCAAGAGAAAUGUAAGAGAGGCCAACAAAGAGAUUUCAUUAUUUACUCUUGGUUUCGGAGAAGAUUGUGACCAUAAAUUUCUACGUGAGAUUGCCAUGGAAAAUGGAGGCUUUAGUAGGAAGAUCUACGUUGACUCUGACAGUAGACUUCAAAUUGAAAAUUUUUAUAAAGAAAUAUCUAACAUUUUAUUAAAGGAUAUUACGUUUGUUUACUUAGAUAGUGCUGUUAAUACUAGUUCUACGUCAUUUAGCAGCUACUUCAAAGGAUCAGAAUUAGUUGUUUCAGGUGUUUUGAAGGAUAAAACCCAAUCGACCAUGCUACUAAAGGUAAACAAGACAGACAAUACGGGACGAAAUACUGAUAUAUUAAAAUUGAAUAUCAAUCUGAGUGGAAUUGGAGAUGACUUUACUCUAUACGAUGAUCUUCCUGAAAAUCCAGAAUUGACAAGUGUUCAGUCAUUUUCUGAAAUUACUGAAAAGAGUUAUGCUUACCUCACCCUGAAACAACUUCUCAAAGAAGAGAGAACACGCCAUGUGAAAAAGAAAAUUCUUAAUCUGGCACUUAAGUAUAAUUUUGUAACACCAUUAACAUCAAUGGUUGUCACCAAAUCUACAGUUAAAGAGAAACAUUUUGGCCAAAACGAUGAUGACUCAUCAGGAAGACGAGGAGGAGCGCACAGAAAGAGACCUGCCAGUGUUGGUAGGCGUCAUCCAUUCAGAUCUCAUUUUCGUCCUUCACAUGUUCGUCCUUCACAAGUUCGUCCUUCACAUGUUCGUCCUUCACAAGUUCGUCCUUCAAAGGGUUAUUACAGCAUGACGGUUCUCGAUCCAUCCAGACUUCCUUCACGCGGCCAACUCGGCAUGCGCGUUCACCGUCUAUCAAUACUUGCUUCACGCGUUCUCGAUACAUACGGACUUCCUUCACGCCGAAAACUUACAACCACAGGAAAACCAACAACCACAGGAAAACCUACAACCACAAGAAAACCUACAACCACAGGAAAACCUACAACCACAAGAAAACCUACAACCACAGGAAAACCUACAACCACAGGAAAACCGCUACCAAUUUUUCUUCAUGCUCCUGCCAUUGCCUUAAAACCAUUAAAUUGUAAGUUAGACUUGUGUUUCACUGAUAAUACUAUCUGCAGAAACCAAACAGGAAUCAUGUUUUUGAACGAUAAAUAUGCAAAAAUAUCUAUUUAUGGUCAUGUGAAGAGGAUAUCACGCACUAAUUGUUUAGAAACUCUUGAUAAAGUAUAUAUAAAAAUGAGAAAUAAAGUAUCUGAAUUUACUCCCGAGUAUUUCAAAAUAAAAGGAAGAACUUAUAAUACCACCAGAAGGAAAAACGUUCGCAUCACUCUGAAACGUUUCAUCAGAUUAAGAAUAAACUUUCAGAAAACUAUCAACUCUGAAAAACUUAUUUCCUUGCAUUUGGAUCUUUUGAGUAAAUUUAUUAAACCCAAAGGAAUUUUGAGUGACUAUGCAAAGGCCUUCCAAUGUACUGAAAAGGCACCGAACCAGAUGGUAUUGUCUCACAAAGCAGCUACUUUUAAUAAAGUAAAUUACAAGACAUCAAGGGGAAGUUUAUCCUCUUGUUUUACAAUGUGAGAGGCAAGAACGAGUUUGAUACCGAUUUAAUGCGAAAAAGCAAUCUACCUUGUUAAAAUUAUUAUGAUGUAGAAAUCUAUCUGAAUUUUAUAACAUG